ACGUGCUUGCGUAUGCGGAAGCUGUCGUAUGUGUCUGAAAAUCUUCAGAAAUCUGUAGAGUGGCCAGACACCCGGCCGGUGCGAAGCUGCCUUUUUACCAUCAGCGCCUGCAAGGAGGAGGCGGAGGAGAGUAGGAGGGUCGACGGAGGAAGGCACACUCUAGAAUGGAUGAAGCUAAAAGAGAUGGAAAUAUGGCCGUAGACGGCGUCGAUGGGCCGGGGGGGACGCGGGCGCGCGCACUGAGCGAUGAGCUGGUGAGAUCAGUGUCUCUUCACAGCCGCAGGCCACGCGUUCUGCACGGCACAGUGUUCCCGUUUCUCCUCCUCUACCCAGGCUGCUUAUAUUCGUGGUUAGCAGUUUACGGAGCUGACGAGUACUUUGAGGCCGGCCUGCUGGCGCUCGCCGCUCUCGGGAUCGCGCACGUCCUGACAGUGCUUUCUGGCUACUGGUCCGUGUACGCGCACUGCUGGCUCACCUGCUCGAAGGAGUCUGACCCAGCCAAAGCCACCUUUGCAAAAGUGAUACCAACACCAAACAAUGGUUCGGCUGAACUGGUGCCUCUUCUGAGGGAUAAGGAUGAGAAUGGAGUGGAAAUCCUGUCCUUUGAGUUCCAGAAGAUCCGUUAUGUGCACGACAGCAAGGAGAAGAAAUGCUUUCUCCCAGUGGCAUUUCCACUCAACUUUCCCAUGAGUCAUUUUCAAAACUGGAAAGGCUAUCAGGAGGAGGAUCAGUUACGGGCCGCAGAGAAGCGCUAUGGCACCAACCGUGCUGAGAUGGUGGUGCCGGACUUCCUGGAGCUCUUCAAGGAGAGAGCCACAGCACCCUUCUUUGUCUUCCAGGUACGUCUGCAGAGCAUGCGGUUUGAUUUGACUGAUAUUUAUGGAGCUUUUGCAUGAUUGAUUGAUGGCCUG